AUGGGGAUCACGAAUUCUCGAACAGACUUGUCAGAGAAACUAUUAGAUCCGUGGGAUGUAGUGGUGGAACGAUCUUAUUUGGAAGUAUGGGUGAGAGAGUGUGAAGCUAUUUGGAAAACAGAUAAAGGGUUUUGCGAAUUCAUGGAAGGAGGUGCUUGCAAAGAAUCAUUUAGGGUUAUGGUAGCUUGCCUUGAGGAAGGAAGCAAAAAGUGUGUGGAACCUUGUUUCAAAUUUUUCGACUGUAUGUAUUCUCACUCUGUUUACUAUCAGCCGUAUAUCGCGCUGCUGAAAACCCUUGUAGACCAUUCACACAAGGAGCGUCAAGCCAUCCAUGCCAGGAACCAAGCUUUCAGGGAUGAUGAUGCAUUGGCUGCGAGGAACCAAGCUUUCAGGGAAUAA